AUGGGAAAACGUUCAAAUCCAGGAUCUCGUAUUCAAAUGUCUGGUACCAACGGACUGUCUGAACAUAUGCUAAAGACCUUUCUGCAUUUCCUUCCACGCAAACUAAAGGUUGAAAUACAUCCUCCAAAGAAGCCAAAGAUUGCCAUUCCUGAUACCGUACUUGAUGGAUCACUGCUCUCGCCCACGCUCUCCGAGGAAUCAUUUGAAAAGGAGUUAAAACGCGCGCGAAAAGAGUUUCAGCAAUUUACCAACGACUUGGAUAAAAUCUCUAAAAGAGUGGAGAAGCUUGCAGAAACUGCGCCAGAAUGGUUUGCAGAUAUUGAAGAAAUAAAAAUAAAGCAAGAUAACGUUGAAGAGUGCAUAACUGCUACACAAGAGAAAAUAUUCGAGAGCGAGCAGCGCUUAGAACAGCUCAAAACAGUACGAGAAGAAUUCAACGAGGAUAUAAACAAGGAUUUGAAGAAAAUUCAAGAACAACUUGUAGAACUAUUGGAAAGACAUCGUGAAGCUCGCUCAACCGCAUCCAUGAUUGCCCAAAAUCAGUCAAUGACUACAGAGGAGCUCGAUCUCAUGCUGGAAGCUAUACGUGAUUAUGCCCGAUUAAUAGAGGAUGCAAGUAGUACUAUCAAGCAUUUUGACGACGUAGGCUCGCCCUUACAGUAUGAAUCACUGGACCUCUCUCCCUUUCGGACUUAUCAGGGCAAUAUCUCGUAUUUUGACGACCACGUCUAUUACGCUACUCCAACAAAUGGCAGUUAUCCGAGCUCCCCUAUAAGAGCUCCCUCACCUAUAUCACCGCUUAUGCUGCCUACACUUUCAACUCCUCCAAUGUCUGACGACGAGUCUUCCGAUUUAUCGUAUCCUUCGACUCCAAUUGAUAUAUCUCAGCAACCAAUAUAUCCGUCUCCAUACUGUCUACUUCGACAUCAGCAAUUACUACUUCUUGGAAUGCGUCGUGCUGCCGUUGGAUUAAAAUUUCUGCUGUAUGCUAAACGAUUAAACGAUCUAGAAAAGAAACAUCCCAGCAUUGACUAUGAUUCGGAUUGGUAUUUGGGCAUAGGAGAUAACGAGUUGGAAAGCUACGACAAUAAAAAGGACAUUGAUGCUUGCUCUAGUCAGAGCGAAAGUGAAAAUAAGGCUUACGAUAGGAUAAGAAAGAAGUCACUUGUUUUGCAUUCGUAUGACCUCUUGCGUUUCGAUAAGCGGACUAUUGUAAAAUAA